CAAUUGUGCACUUGUUUUGGGGAUCUUAUUGUGUCUGCAUACCUCCGUAUUAGUUUGGCCGGCGGUAAACAGACGGUAUCUUGGCAACGGGUGUGCGAUGGGUGGAGGAGUGCUGAUUCAAUGUCUGCGAGAAGACAAUAAUGUAGUACAGGGUGAAGCACUGUCUUAGUGGGGGUUGUAGGACUUGAAGGCGGAAAAAGGCAACUAAUACAAGCUAGUGUAAAGAUCCGAUGUAUAUCCAGCUAAAAACAAGCCAGCUUCUCUCACUGGCAGCUGGUACUGGUUAAAUACCUGUGUGGUUGAGUCACAGGCUGAGCCACCACAACACAACUAACUUCACCUCGUGAGCCUCAUGAUUGUCUGCCUUGUGCCGGUGACUUCGCAGGUCGAAACGCAGACCUAUUUGGUCUAAAACUGUAAUUCCCUCUCAGACGAACCAGACCACAAACCCGGUCUGCCUUAAGUGAUGAGUCUGCAACCACAAAGUCUUAGGGUAGUCCCGUUUAAACAAACUCUUCAACUUCCUCAAACGAGGAAUCCACAAGCUGAAGUCUUCUUAAAGAGGACCAAAAAGUAAACCGGACAAAAAGGUACCCCUUUGUUCUUUGUGCAUUCCCAUGGAGAGUUUGAAUUUUGAAAAGCCAGACUGGCCAAUCACAGGGCAGGACCGAACAAAGGCCUUUUGGGUGCAAUUCUACUCAUGAUGUUGGUUCCUUCAUUGGUUUAUUUUUGGGCAAAUACCAGCUGCCUUUUAAACUAAAUACAGGAGCAUGAAGACCACAAAGGCCGGUUACAGGAGCAGGAACCAAAUGUCCCAAGCGACAAAGAAAAAGAAACAAAAACUUUGAGUAUUCAUGCGGUAGACAAAAGGGGACGUUUCCAAUGUUGUACAUUUACUCCGCUAUUUCCUCGUGAUUGUAGGAUUUAUACACAAACUUCUGUGGAAUGCCGAGAGUGGUGGGUCAAGGAAGCGGCCUGAGGGUUCCAGCUGACGUCGAGGCUCCAGUUCAAGACCACAACCUCCAGUAUUGACCCAUAUAAUAGCAAAAAGCUUGGGAAGAUGUAUUUAAUAGCACAAUUGUGAACUCAGUCCGGACCUACUCUAAGUUACUCCACGUUUUGGGAGAAGAAUCGCAUUGAGGGAAUGAAACCGCUUCAGGAAAUCCGAUUUUCUCGAUUUGAAGCCAAGAAAAAAAGAUGCUGAUUGUUAACUUUCUCUGUGUUCAGGUUCGUUCUUACUUUCCACAAGACCUCUCUUGUUACAACCAGUGAUUAUUUUAGCAGGAAGCAGCAAAGCCCAAAGCGCUCCUGCCGUUGAACCUUUGACUCCUCAGCCCAUUUUCUUCAUGAAACGUGCGGAAGAACAUCUCACCAGCGAGGCCGGGAUAUGACACGAUCCUCACAGGAACAAAUCUGUUAAUGCCUUUUGCAGUAUUGUGGACAUUUUCUAUUUUUACCAUCAACAAUCUCAUGUUGGAGCAGCUCAAACUCAAAGUCUUUGACGGUUUGUUUUGGAAAUCAAGUUCAGGAGCAGCAGGGAAUUCUGGUGGCUCAUGCGUACGUUUGUGAAAAAGAAGAAUCUCUGGAGGGACACCCGUAAAAACACUGAGUGAGACUGUUAAAAAUGUGGAUAGACGUCAGGUUUGCAGCAUUUCUGGCCUCUUGGAGGGAAAAAAAACAUGACGGAUACGAUAGAUUCUAAUGAGAGUAGAGACAAGGCGAGACAAGCUCAUAAACUAUGGCCUCUCACGAUUAUAAAUAAUGGGAAAAGGUGUUUUUUUGGUUUUUUUUGUACCAGGAUCAAGCCUACAUCUACUGUCCAUCCUGUUCAGUACAACAUAAGACAAUUCUACAGUCCAUAAAUUAAGUCAUAUAUCAAGGCCCGUAGUUGAAUCAACCAGUCAGCUCCAUCUGUCUUUCCUUUUCUUGUCGUUCAUUCUUUGGUCAUGUUCAGCCAAUCGCAGGGGACAUAUAGACAAACAAAGCAAAAAUAAAAGCAAAUACAAAUGCAUGCAUAACCAACUGUACAAUGUGAUGUACGGCAUGAUCGUUCCUGUCGUUUGGGGCAGAAAAUUGAAAAGAAGAUCGACCAAAAAUAGUGCCGUCUUUGGAAACGAAGAGGCUAAUAAAACGGCUGGAACGGAGAGUGCGGGUGGUGGUAUGCAUGGUGAGCAGAGAGCAAAGAUCUGGACACGGCUAUCUUGAGGCUUGUGAUUGGCUUAAAUAGCCUUUGGGGUCUGCGGGCCACCUGACAGCCUCUGAAUGCGUUUUUGUGUCGAUACUAUUUUAUUAUUUUUUUUAAUAAAUUUUUUUGGACUUGGAACAUCCUGUCUGGUCUUCCCUCAGGAAGCGCCUCCGCAGUACUACAAACCUCACAUUGUAUCCGCCGCACCAUGCGCUCACUUCAUUUCUCCGCCUUUAAAUAGCACUUCUCCCCAAUGUGACCUGCUGUCAUCCAGAGGCGAAGCACAUGGCCCAACGCUGGGAAGAUGUCAGUGCUCGUUAUUCAUUUUCUCAGUACUCGGAAUGCUUCUGUUUCACCCCAACCUGCUGCCUACAUUCCGAACAAACUCAACACCUUUUCAUUUAAAAAAAAAUAAUAAUAAAAAAACAGUUCCUGAAUAACAUUCCCUAGAGCUGGGAGGCUUAAAAUUACUCCAGGAGGUGUUUAUAGAGUAUUUCCAGACCUCCACUUGGCACUUACUAGACUGUAGGGAUUUAAUUGACUAAGUGUAGUGAGAAACUCAACUCCAGGUGACUGUUUCAUUAUUCUGUGGUCAGGGCUUCACUGCAGGCAUAUGGAAUGAUGAGUGAACGUUAGAAUUUGCUUUUUUACUUCAAGUUUUUUUUAUUUUUUUUAUUUAGACAAUUCAGCUUGUAAAAAAAACAGCCAGGAAACAUUAGGAACAAGUAUAGCCACAUGUCAUAUGCCAAUUCCACGUGAAGUUAAUGGAAAUAAAGGCAUUCGAAGCCAAAACACAUGAUGUGUCAUUGUUGGGACAGAGGGCAAAAAGAAAGAAAUCAUCAGGUAAACAAGUCAAUUAUGGUUCGUUUUGCCACAACUUUAAUUACCUGACAGAUGGAGUCAUUCAGUGAGAAUGAAAAGUAUGUCAACUGUUUUUCUUUUCAAGUGUUAAAACGCCUCCUGUCAAACAGGCAUUUUAGACAUGCAAUAGAUAUACAAAGAUAAAACAAUUACUGCUCUUCUUUGUGUGUUUGUACUGUGAAGCCCUUUUGUCGCGAGACUAUAAUGUACUCGAGUGCUGUUCACUUCUCUUGUACUAAGUGGCACAUUGGAAGCUUUUUUCCUCUUCUGUAUUGCCCCAAGAAUUUUAUUUUGAAAUGUUUUCAGUGAAAAUGUUAUGAAUGUUAUUCUCUGUUGAGUAGCUGCUGGCAAUAGAAACUUUUUUUUUGAAGUGUCUAAAAACCUAACUUUGUUUUAAAUAGCUGAUACCGCUAGUAGAUGCACUUUAUUGUUGCUCUACAUGUUCUUUUAAGUACAAUUUGAAUCCAUACAUCCUGCACUGGAUGCCAGCCAAAAGCAAUAAAUAUUAAAACUCCAAUUCACACCUGUGGGCAAUUUAAAGUCUGCAAUGAACUUCACAUGAAUGUUUCUGGAAUGUGAGAGGCAACCGGAAUAACUGAAGAAAACCCACGCAAGCAGGAGGAGAACGUUUGAACUGAGAUUUGAAUCAAGAACCUCAGAACUUUAAGGCAGAUGUGCUCACCACGACUUCACCGUGCAGCCGCCUCGAUAGCUAUCGAACACAAGUAAUCUUUGUUGACUUUCAAGAUUUCAAAACCGUUCCCACUCAGUGACUGCGUGAAUGUGAGAGUGAACAGUUGUCUGAUGUGUGCCCUGCAACUGACUGGCGACAAGUCCAAGGUGGAGUCCACCUUUCGCAAGGAGUCAGCUGGGAUAGCACCAGCUACCAAUGACCCUCAACAGAAUUAAUGAGAGCAAUAAAAUCCAACAAUCUAUUCCCUUCUCCUGGAAUAGGCUUGAAACCGUGACCUGGAAGUGGAACUUUUCAGUGGAUUUUCAAAAACAAAAGCAUACGUAACAAGCAUAAAUUGCAGCACAUCAUCUGGAUCUCAGGAACACGCUACCUUGGUUCCCUAAACUCGACCAAUCAUGUUUUGUUCAAUGGAGCUCUCGAAAGGAAGGAAACUUUUAUUGUGGCCUGUUUCAUGAUGUUCUGCUGCCCUCGUCUGGUGUGAAAGACGCCAUCGCCGCAUUUACCGGUUCAGCCUUUUUUUUUUAAAUUCCACAGUAACAAAAUAAGGUCCUGCACUGAUAUGUCAUCUGAAAAACAAACUGGAAGCAAGGACGUGGGAAACUAACGGGAGGACUGCAGGUGGCUGAUAAUGGGAAGAUGUUUGGGGAUGAAGUGGCCUUGUGAGACUGAGAGGGGAAAAGACUCGAGAAUCCUUCGGUGGUCUCUCAUAGCGUUGGCAGCAUCAUGGACAAGAAGGUGGUGUUGAUCACAGGCUGCUCGUCCGGCAUCGGCCUCAGCCUGGCGGUCCGUUUGGCCUCGGACCCGGAACAAACAUUCAAAGUGUAUGCCACCAUGAGGAACCUGGCCAAGAAGGAGCGUCUUCUGGAAAGCGUCAAAGGCCUGCACAAGGACACGCUGGACGUUCUUCAGAUGGACGUCACGGACCGCCAGUCCAUCCUGGACGCCAGGGACAAGGUUGCGGAGAAGCGAGUGGACAUUCUAGUCUGUAACGCCGGGGUCGGUUUGAUGGGUCCACUGGAAGCUCACUCCUUGGACUCCAUGAAGCGGAUUGUAGAGGUCAACCUUCUGGGCACCAUCGAGACCAUCAAGGCUUUCCUUCCCGGAAUGAAGGCUCAGCAUGACGGUCGUAUCCUGGUCACAGGCAGUAUCGGAGGCCUUCACGGCCUUCCCUUUAACGAGGUCUACUGCGCCAGCAAGUUCGCCAUCGAAGGAGCGUGCGAGAGCUUGGCCGUUCUCCUGCAACAUUUCAACAUCUAUGUCAGUCUUAUCGAGUGUGGCCCCGUCAACACGGACUUCCUGGUCAACCUGAAGAAGGCAGAGCUCGGCGACGCGUCCCUGCAGCACGUGGACGCGCACACGCUGGGCCUGUACGAGAGAUACCUGCAGCAUUGCAGUUACGUGUUCCAGAACGCAGCACAAGACACGGAGGACGUCGUCAAGGUGUUUUUGGAAGCCAUGCAGUCGCCCAGUCCGGCCUUCAGGUACUUCACCAGCGGGGCGGUGCCCCCUCUGACCGAGCUGAAGGUCACGCAGCCGGACGGCCUACGGUACAUCAGCGCCAUGAGCGAACUCAUCUUCUCGCCGGACGAGCAGUGACCUCGGCGCGUCCUUUUUGUCAAUUUGCAUUUCGAGGAAAUGAAGCUGACUCACCGUUGUUGCUCAACUUGAAAGCUAGUUCCCUCCAAGGCAAUGACAGAUGAUGUUUUUUCAACCUUAAAUUCCAUAUCGGAACUAGUAAUCAACGAUAACAUUUGGCAAAGUUAUAGAAAUCAGUUUUGGGGAGCUGAAUAUUUGAAUGUAGUUUUUGAUUAAAUUCAUUUGGUUCUA